AGUCGCGGUCGCGGGGAGCCCUAGGCGAGCGAGGGAGAAAGAGAGAGGCGUUGGUCGGUGGCCGCCCGUCGCUUCUCCUCUUCCGACGCCGGCGCGGCCGAGAGAAAUGGCGGUGGCUGCGAGGGCUCCGCUCGGGGUGGUGGCGGUGGUGGCCGUGCUCGUCGUCGGCAUCUUCAUGCCCGCCGCGGCGCAGGCCCCGGCGCCCGCGCCCGUCAGCGACGGCACAUCGAUCGACCUGGGGAUCGCAUACAUCCUGAUGCUGGUGGCUCUUGUGCUCACCUACCUAAUCCAUCCACUGGAUGCUUCUUCUCCCUACAAGCUUUUCUAAUCCCUUGUUCUUCCUUCAUCUGGCUUGGUUAGGGUAAAUUCUACUUAUUAUUUAGCCAUGGCGACGAUUGUUAACAUUUUAGGUGAGAUGUUAGGAGGUUUGGAGUGAUUUGUCUGUCCAUGAUGGGGGUGGUAUCAAUCAGAUCGUUGUUUGGUGGUGCGAUUGGCUGUAUUGGAUUCCAUGAUUUGGUGCCAAGUUGUGCGUGCUGGAUUCGUUCAUUUUC